AUGAUUAACCAGCCGUUGGUGUUUGGCCAUCCCGUGCACCAGUACACGACUGUUCGGGAGUUUCCUAUCAUGAACACGUUUCUCCAGCUGGGAGUGGAGGUUUUCGAGUCGCAGCAGGCGUUCGAGGGGGGCGAGAGGGCGCUCUGGCAGACGUCGACCUCGGUGAUGAGCGUAUUCAAGCGAGGAGCUCCCUUCAUGGUGAUCCGGAACAGUGGGUCACGCGACGCGGGUCACAUGACCAAUAAUAACGAAGUGACGGUCCACUUCCGGGUGAUUCUGUCCCACGUCCUGGCCUAUGUGCUCCAGUUCGCGGCCCCCACGCCUCCCGUGGUCGUCAUGAACAACAACUCGUCACGCCCCACUGCUGACUUCGAGUACAGAAAUACGAAACUCCGCGUGGUGGGGGUCACGGGUACAACUUCCACAUUCGGCAAUGGCCUUCUCAAGGUUUUUGUCAUGAAGCCUGACACUGCCAUGCUCAGCGACGGCGUGGUGUUGCGGCUGAAAAACAAGCCAGAAGUUCACAACCGUAUGCUCCUGGUGGUAGAGUCUCAGGACAGAGGGCUAAUUCAGGCGGAAAUGAGGGCCCAGGAGUUUCUUGUUCACCAUCCAAUCGCCACAUUUCGAGAGGAGGAAACGAAGGUGCUGGGGCGCAUUUUGCGCAGUGGAACCAUGCGAGUUUUUGGGCGUGAGGUGCUUGGAGAGGCCGAGUUUGUCUUGGUGUGUGUUUUGUUGGUGUUGCGGGAGCAGGAAGGCCGCAAAAACCGGGGCUACGGACGGCCUCGAGAGAUGGAGGGGCCUGGCCAGCACAAGUAA